GUUCCUUUCCAUUUUUUCCUCACCAAUUCCCUCUUCGUCUUCGACACUUCUUCAAGUUUCGUUCUAAUUUUAGUUCAAUUCCAGGGUAUUUUCUUCCUCCUUUUUCAUUUUUUCAUUUCGUUUUGUAUAAAUCUGUAUAGUUUUCUUUUACAUCGUUUAUGAUUUUCUUUUUUCGUUCAGAUUUUUGUUUCCUCUUCUUCUGUUGUUCGGUGCCGUUUCCACUUCUUUCGGAGGGAGAAAAGUUUCGAAUCUCUCUGAAAGUUGAUUGUUCUUCGAUUAUAGUGCUGUGUUUUUCGUUUACUGAUUGGGUUUAUUGAGUUUAUUAGUGGGUCAUUGAGGAAAUUUGCAGUCUAUUGUGUAUUUCUUUCGUCUCAGCCGUAUAAAAUUGUUCGAUUCUUGGUUUUUGUGUUGAGUUUGAUACUAAAUUAGUCGGAUUAGCGAGGAAAUUAGUUGGUUCGUGAUCAGAAGAAGUUAAUCGUUACUGUGCGAUUGCGAUCUGAGUUGGAGCGGCAAGUAGUUUGCUGUGCUCAAGAACAUGGGAGUAACAACGAUUGCUUUAUACGCCGGUUCACCGAGCAGAUUUUGCUCUACACAUCUGUGUCAGAUCAAUGCUCAUUCGAGUUUCGAUUUCGAAACUGGUUCUCGAUCUUCAUCGGCGUUGUCAACAGCAAUGGCUUCUCAGAAGCCAGUGGCCGGUGGGCUUUCGCGCCUUUUCUCCGCUUCUCCGGUCCGGCAUGUAUCGUCAACGACGAGUCUUUCCGGUUGUGGAGAGGAAUUGGGAUCGUUAUGGCAUGAUAGAGGGGAGGAAUUGAGUAGCUCAUUUCGAUAUUCUUCGAGCAAGUAUUUAGGGUCUCCAUUGACAAGGGAUUGUAGCCCGGUGUCAGUGUUCCAGGGUCCGGUUUCGUGCUGUAGUAGUGGAGUUGGUUCAUUGGCGAAAAGUCCUCCGAUUUCGAUUUUGAAUUCGAGAGAAAAAAGUGGGGAAAUGAAUUUCCAGAGCUCAAUUGGAGUUGGAUCGAAUGGACUCUUCAACGGGUUCUUGAGGAAUGCUUCAGGAUCAUAUGUGGAUGCUCACAGAAAUGCUCUUGAUGUGAGUUCAUCGGCUGUGCUCAUGGAUGAGUUGACUUUCAGUUUGGAAGAUGGGUUUGGGGAAUGUACCCCCGAGCCAUAUGCAAGGGAUAUGCUUCUUGGUGCACAAAUUAGGCAUAAGAUCUUUCUUGAUGAAUUCGUGAUCAAGGCAUUUUAUGAAGCUGAAAAGGCACAUAGAGGACAAAUGCGAGCCAGUGGAGAUCCGUACUUACAACAUUGUGUGGAAACAGCGAUGCUGCUGGCUAUGAUCGGUGCAAAUUCCAUGGUGGUUGCUGCAGGACUUCUGCACGACGCGAUCGAUGAUUCAUUCAUGUGUUAUGACUACAUUUUAGGGACAGUUGGAGUUGGGGUUGCUGAUUUAGUUGAAGAGGUGUCUCAACUAAGUCAUUUGAGCAAGCUUGCACGCGAGAACAAUACAGCCAACAAAAGGGUCGAGGCAGACCGCUUGCACACCGUGUUCCUUGCCAUGGCAGACACGAGGGCCGUUCUCGUUAAGUUGGCCGAUCGUCUGCAUAAUAUGACGACACUAGAUGCAUUGCCAUUGACCAAACGACUAAGAUUUGCCAAGGAAACUUUGGAAGUAUUUGUACCAUUGGCUAAUCGCUUAGGAAUAUUGAGUUGGAAGGAGCAAUUGGAAAACUUAUGCUUUAAGCAUCUCCAUCCGGAAGAGCAUAAAGAACUGUCUUCUAAAUUUGUGGAGUCAUUUGAUUCAGCAAGAGUAACUUCUGCUAUUGAGAAACUAGAUGAAGCUCUGAAGAUCGAUGGGAUUUCUUACCAUCUCUUAUCUGGACGCAAUAAGAGCUUAUACAGCAUAUACUUAAAAAUGUUGAGAAAGAAGUUGGCCAUGAACGAAAUCCACGACAUUCACGGCUUACGUCUUAUUGUAAAAAACGAAGAAGACUGCCUGAGAGCUUUAAGAAUAGUUCACCAGUUAUGGUCUGAAGUGCCUGGACGAUGCAAAGAUUACAUUAGUCGACCCAAGUUUAAUGGGUAUCGAUCUCUACACACGGUUGUAGUGUUUGAAGACAUGGUGCCCCUUGAAGUUCAAAUUAGGACAGAAGAGAUGCAUUUGCAAGCGGAGUUCGGCAUUGCAGCUCAUUGGAGAUAUAAGGAGGGUGACAGUGAGUACUCUUCGUUCGUCGUUCAGAUGGUCGAAUGGGCUCGAUGGGUUGUCACGUGGCAGUGUAUGGCUAUGAGCAAAGAUGGAUCUUCCGUUGGCAACGCUGAUUCCAUUAAGCCACACUGCAAAUUCCCUUCUCAUUCUGAAGGCUGUCCAUAUUCGUACAAAACCCAAUGUGAUUUUCAAGAUGGACCUGUAUUCAUCGUAAUGAUUGAGAAUGACAAGAUGUCAGUUCAAGAGUUCCCUGCAAAUUCGACGAUCACAGAUUUAAUGAAAAGAAUUGGGCGAGGAAGCUCGAGAUCGACCUCCCAUGGCUUUCCCAUGAAAGAAGACUUGAGACUAAGGGUUAACCACGAGCGAGUGAACGAUCCAAAGUGCAAGCUAAAGAUGGGUGAUGUGGUUGAGCUAACUCCUGCCAUACCCGAUAAGUCGUUGAUGGAGUGCAGGGAAGAAAUCCAGCGAAUGUACGACCGCGGAAUCACGGUAUCGAACCCCGGUCUAUCCCCAGUUGCUCCUACAACCGUUGGUUUUCUGGAGCUGACCAUAAUUUAGAUUGUCUAUGAUAAACGUCUUGUGAUUAUCAAAUAACUCUGUAUAUAUAGUGCUCUCUGUACAGAACAACUCAAUAGUAACUGAAAUUCAACAAAGUUCAUAAUCAAAAUUGAAGCAUUCUUGUUUGGA